GCCAGCCAGGCCGCGUCGGGUAGAGGAGAGGGCGGAUCGUGGUCUUCCCCCAUUGUCCUGUCAUGUCCAAGCACGUUUUUCUCACGGGACCCCCAGGAAUUGGAAAGACUACCUUGAUCCAGAAAGUCACUCAAGCUCUGAAAUCUUCGGGCGUUCCCAUUGAUGGAUUUUACACAGAAGAAGUUAGAGAAGGUGGCAGGAGAACAGGAUUUGAUGUUGUCACUUUGUCUGGAAAACGAGGACCUUUAUCUAGGGUCAGUUCUGAUUCUUCUACUUCAAGACGUGAAUGUCGGGUUGGACAGUAUGUUGUGGACGUUGUUUCAUUUGAGCAGUUGGUUCUACCUAUGCUGAGAAAUGUAAACCAUGGCAGCGAUGCAGAGAAAAAGAUUUGUGUCAUAGAUGAGAUUGGUAAAAUGGAACUCUUCAGCCAGGCUUUUAUUCAAGCUGUUCGUCAAACGCUGACUGGCUCAGGGACUGUGGUGCUUGGCACUAUUCCAAUACCCAAGGGAAAGCCACUGGAUCUUGUUGAAGAAAUAAGAAGCAGGAAAGAUGUUAAAGUGUUCAAUGUUAGCAGGGAAAACAGAAACAGCAUUUUGCAAGACAUCUUGGCAGCUGUAGAGUCCUGCAGAAAAUGAAGACCUUUUCUUCCUGGGUUAUGGCUUCUGGUCAGAACAGCUGCAGUGGUUCAGCACUAAAGCAAAAGAGAAGAAAAUGAGAAGACAGCCAAGGGAAGUAUUCUAGUCACAGGCUCAUACCUGUUCUGCCAUGUACAUUUUAACUUGCCCCGUGAAUGAUAGAGCAUUGUGUUGCUCUAACUCCCCUCCUCUUUCACACCCACACUAAAGUAGGGGAUGUUGAAUAUCCUAAGUGCCAAAAUAAACCACAGUGACGGGAGUUAAAACAAUGGCACAUUAAUAAGAAUUAUUCCUGCAUACAGGAAUAGGAAUUUGAGAAUUCAGCCCAGCAAAAGACUACAGCAUUCAAGUCACAAGGUAGUUUGAAAGACUAAUACUAAAGUAUAUCUAUCUUC